UACAACCCCAGUGUGACUAAGUACGGUCUCUAUGAGUCCACAUAUGCAAUCCUGCAAGAUUGCAUCUUCAUUCCACCCACAACCAAAACCCUCUUAUUAGGUGAAUUCUGCUCUAGUAUUAAUCCCCAUGGCCGCAGAGAGCGCACCUGAGAAGAUGAAGGGUUGGGCUUAUACCCAAGAAGGGAAAGCUGUAAAUGUCCUCCAAUUCCAUACAGAUUUGCCAGUUCCAACUCCUAAAGACGACCAGGUUCUGAUCAAAGUCAUCGCCGCCGCUCUCAACCCCGUAGACGCCAAACGCAUGCUCGGCUUAUUCCGGUCGCCUGAGCCCCCUUUUCUGAUUGUUCCGGGAUACGAUGCUGCCGGGGUAGUGGUGAAGGUGGGAAGUCAAGUAACAAAGUUUAAGGUGGGCGACCAAGUGUACGGAAACAUAAACGAACAUCCUGCGCAUCCCAAACUGUUUGGUUCCUUGGCGGAGUACACCGCCGUGGAAGAGAACCUCCUUGCUCUCAAACCCAAUAAUCUAAGCUUCCCCGAAGCCGCUAGCCUUCCGCUUGCUAUUGAGACUGCGUACGGCGGCCUUGAACAGGCCGGCUUUUCCGCCGGAAAAUCCAUUCUUGUUUUGGGCGGCGCCGGUGGGGUUGGAACUCUCGUCAUUCAGGUGGCAAAGCACGUGUUUGGUGCAUCUGAAAUCGCUGCAACCUCCAGCGCUAAAAAAUUCGAGUUGCUCAAAAGCCUUGGCGCCGAUAAGGUGAUUGAUUACACAAAGGAGAACGUGGAAGACUUGCCGCAAAAGUUCGAUGUCGUCUAUGAUGCUGUCGGGCAGUGUGAAAGGGCUGUAAAAGCAGUGAAGGAAGGUGGAAAAGUAGUGGAGAUAGUGGGAGGACCCAUUUCACCGCCGGCUUCAUUUUACAUAGUCAUUUCAAAUGGGUUAACUUUAGAGAAGCUUAAACCGUUGAUUGAGGAGGGGAAAGUGAAGCCAGUGAUUGAUCCCAUUGGACCUUUCCCCUUCUCUCAGGUUGUUGAAGCAUUUGCGCAUCUUGACACCGGCAGAGCCACCGGAAAAGUGGUUGUUCAUCCGAUUGCAUGAUUCUACCUACUCUCUCCAAGAUCUAUUAUGAAUCUUGUUGCUAAAUAUAUAUGGUCAUUAUAUUUAAUAAUACAUGAUUUGCUAUGGUGAUCAGCUUGUUAUCUUGGACACAACUUUAAUUUAUGUAUAUUAUAUUGCUUGAAUUUGUUAUUAGAUUAGUCACGCACAACACAUUCCACAGAGCAUGAGAAUGUGGUGUGUAGAGUAGUAAUGCAAGAAAUAUAUAAAUAAACUAAUAAAGUACCUAUUUGAUAA